GUAGAAAGAAGCCAUAACGGUACAGUACACACGGAUUCGUUACCAAUUUACAACAAGUACGACCAACGACGCCAUGAAGUGUUAGUGCAACUCGGCGUUUUAAUUUACCGUCACUUCAAUUUGACUGCAAUUUGAAAAAUGGCGGUGGUGAUUCAAACCCAAAAAUGAAUAGUUGAAGCUUUCCAUGUGUCUAACAACUUUCAACAUGACUGCACCACUCGGUAUUCACACGUUAGACGCCUCCAUUUUUUUCCCCGAUGAACUUUUGGCCACCGAAGACUCCACUUUUAUUCCCGAUUCCAUUCCCGAACAACCCGAAGAUAUCAUCGCAUGGCUGGAUAAAGAUGACAAAGCCAUCGUAUUAAGUGGUGACAGCUUGAUUAGUAAUAAGCCGGAUCCAUUACUCAAUGCAGUUAGCAGAAGAGAUUCACCGAUAUUACUUAAUUUGAGCGACACGGACCACGACCAAUUAGGCGAAAUGGGAAGCAUAGACUUAUUAGACACAUCAACAUCGGAAAGUAUGUUCUUUGAACAAAAUUGCCAAACACGUUGGAAAAUGGAUAGAAAUAUGAAUUCCCUUUUAAAGGAUAAGAUUUUAGCACCAAAUAAAUGUGAUAUUUUAGAAAAAUUAGUCAAAGACGGUAUAACUUUAGAAAUUAAAGAAAUUAAUGGUAAGUUUGAAGUUCUCUUGGAGAAUAACGGCGAUCAAACUGAAUUUCCUAAUCAUAAUGUAUGCGUAAAUGAGCCGGGCCAUAUUAACCAACCCAUUAGUAGACAGGCAGUGACAUCGUUAGAAAGAACGCCAUUGGCAUCGGAUUUGGAUGUUCAUAUGGCCUGUUUACAUUGUGAGAUGGGAUUACGAGUGUGGUUUUGCCCAUUGGAUGAAUGUCUGCGAGCCUUCUAUCGGUUAAACGUUGCGAAACUGCACAGUUUGCAACAUCUAAAUCAUAAACCGUUCAAAUGCAACCACCCAAAUUGCACAUGGGCAUUCUUUACAAUGGGCAAAUUAAAGCGUCACCAAGAGACUCAUAAGAAAAGGAAGGAUUUUGUGUGUUCGUACCCAGGUUGUGACCGUAGCUUUACAACUAUUUAUAAUCUCAACUGCCAUCGCCGGGCUUCACACGAGACGCCCGCCGGUUUUUCGUGUACUGUUAAGACAUGUGAUAAACGAUUUCACACUAUGCGUUCGCGCGAGUUACAUCUGAAAACUCACGGGGAGGAAGAGGCGCCGUAUAAGUGUCCCGUCGCAGAUUGCGGGAAGGUGUUUUUCCUGUGUACCAGCUUGAUGUCCCAUAGACGUAUACACUCGCAUAAGGAAUCGGAGGUACGUUGCGACUGGGCCAAUUGUGGACGGGUCUUUCCGCAUCCGUGCAGAUUGAAGCAGCACAUUCGCCAGCAUACCGGUCAGCGUCCGUUCACGUGCACCUUCGACGAGUGCAAAUGGGCCUUUCCUACCGCUAGCAAGCUAAGACGUCAUCUCAAUUCGCAUACUAACGAGAGAAAGUUCCAUUGCACGAUGGGUUCGUGUAACAAAUCGUUUCUAAGAUCUCAACAUCUCAAGGACCACACCCUUACUCAUAUUGGGCAGAGGUUGUUUCAUUGUGACGAUUGCAAUGUAAAUUUCGGCGGCAAGUCGGAGCUGUCUAUACACAUGAAGACUACCCAUUCGAAGACAGAGAAGGCGUGUGCGCGUGCCCUUCCGUAUACAUCUCAAACAUUAAAAACACCGAGCACCGAUCAUCUCCUCGAGGAAGCGAUACAGAGCCUCGACGUACCCUCCGACAUGAUACUGAGUAGCGGCCUCCUACCCGACGAACCUCUAGAGCUGCUAGAGAAUGAGCAUUUCUCUACAGUCAACUUGCGUGAUCUCGAAUAGUAGCUUUCUAAAUGACUGUAAUAAAAGCUUGUGCAAAUUUUGACAAUCGAGAAAUAGCAGACCAAGAAACGGAACUCGAAAGUGAAAGUGAAAACAAACCAGAGAAGUUGCAGUCAAUCAUAGGCAUAAGGAAGACAGUGAAUAUGGAAUUUAUUAAGAGUCCAUCAAUAUGUCUGCGAAUACUGAACUCUAGUCCAAUACUAAUUCUGUAGAAAAAUGGACAGAUCAGUGUGAGAACCAGGUCAUUGCUUUGUUAAGUGCAUAUGAAAAUAUACUGAAAACAAGUUGGUUUGGUAUCGGCCGCUUGAGGUAUUUGAUGUUAACCAAAGCACUUACUUGAUGAAUACGAUUCCCUGAGUAAAACCAGCAAAUAUAAAUUUUGGAAAAAACUGAACUGUAAAGUAGUACUUACUGUAUAUGGCUUUGGCCAUUCAUAAUCAAUCUUGCAUAAGCAGACAUCAGGGUAUCAUGAAGCUUUGCCUGAACGUGGUUCCUGUCAAUGUUGGGGUCUGUCGUAUUUCGGUAUGGUAACCUGAAACAGAUAUACUUAAUCGCUACAAAGACAAACAAAUUGCUUCUUUUUACCGCAAAUGUUGUUGCCGCACCACAGCAAGCAUCCCAUCUUGAAGGAAGAGAGUAGUCAUAUUGAAUAACAGAGCAAUAUACUUGAUCGCACUUUUCAUGUUUGGUGGUAUGUCAGGUGGGAACAAUAGUACACUGAAAAAGUACACUUAAAUGUAGGGCCCCUAUAAUUCAUUUGUCAUGCUUACGUUGGCGUAUCUGACUCAGUCAAAAAGUUCUGUAUGAAAUGGGUGAUUUCUAUUUCAAUUAUUUGUCCAGGACUAAAAAUCUGUGUGUCGUCAACCGGGUUGAAAAUAGGACUCGACGUCUGCAUGUCGCCAGCCAUGGUGGGAAAAGGAUUAAACGGCAUGUUUGUACCCACGGUGAGAACUUUCAAUCUGUAAUGUUACAAACACAUGUAUAUUUUGUGCCAUAAUAAGAUUUAGAGAUGUUGAAGUACAAAUUCUUCACUUCACUUGUAGGAAGUGUUAAUUAAUCAAUCAGUGUAUGAACAAGAGUUUUUUUAAGUACAAUAAGUAAGAGUGCCAGAUUUUUAAUACACUUCGAAAGUCAGUGAUGCCAUUAAAUUAGUGAUUUUUUAGAUACAACAAAAACAGGAAAUUGUAUUGCUUAAAUGAAAGACUCGUCCAAAUCCAAAUGUAGUAGAUUGUCGUAAAGUAGUUUUUUGUUGUUGCCACUAGAGGACCAAGUAUCGUAAUUUAUUGUCACGAGUUACUAAUGAAAGACAGGGUGAACUUAAAUUGUUUUUAGUGAACAGUGUUUCAGAAUGUGAUAAAUUCAAAUUGUUUUGACGUUGAUCCUACUGUACAGCAUUUAAUUAUGAUGUUCGAAUCCGGGUUCAGGCAUGGAUAUUUGUAAAUGUAUAGUGGGUUGGGUGGGUAGAGCAGCCUUGCCUGAAACCCCGCCCACUCAAAAAUAAAUAAAUAUUUAUUGCAACUGUUAUUUUUUGAUCAAGCCGUUUCGCUUUUCGAAGUGGAACUCGCACACACUAUAAAUCAAACUGGGGAACAGUGGUCAACCAUCAACUUUGAACCAGUUGAAAACACAUGUCUGUGAUGUGGGAAUACAAAUACAUUAUAGUUAUUAACCUCCCAUGAAAUCAAUUACUGAAGUAAAUAUCAAUGCGAUGAUGAUCUGAAGAAACUGUGGUUUAAAAUCUUGCGUUAAUUACUUAUUUUUCAGUAGAAUAACUACCGAGCCAAAGAGAGAGGAGUUAUCAACUGAUGGUAAAACGCAAACCAAGGCAAAUUGAAAAAAUCCAGAGAAACGUCGUGGUAAGUUGAGUUAUUUUUGAUUUAUUGAUUGAUUCUAAAUAGGAAUGACACAAAUUGCGGAUAGGACAUGGUUUGGUUUCCUGUGGUAGAUGCAGUUCCUCGAAGUCCAACUAAUCCAUUGAUAUCGCCAACCAAUCGUUGAAAAUAUUUCCCAACCCAAAGAUUUCAGGGCCUACAAUCUUUUGUUUUUGAGUUAUGGGCAAAAGUUGCAGUUUUCGAUCACUAGAUAAAAGCUUAUAAUUUCUUUUUAUUAAAUUAGCGCCCCAAGAGCUUGCUCCGCUCUGGCUACGGUCCUGGAAGUGUGGUUUAUUUCGUCCCUUUUUGAUCUGGGGUAACUCGUCUGUAUAAAUGGUCUGAAAUUUAUUCCCAUUCCCAAAUACCGAUUUUCAAAAUUCGAGAAAUAGAAAAAUGGCAAGAUGUACCCGUCCGUAGCUCCUAUUUUACGAAGUAUCGAAAAAUAUACAGGAGAUUAUUUCCCACAUAUUUGAUACAUUUAGGGCACAUUUUUCGGUGUAAUUCGAGUGGGAUUCGCGGGAUUGCAGAAAUUAACGAUUAGUAAUGACAUUCCUGAGUAAAAAAAGAUGGGCUUCUCUCAUUCCUCCAUUACACGCAUUUGCUUAUUUGACAGUUUUUUUUUAAUUGUGGCAAUUUUUGCGUACUUUCCUAAUAUUGUGUCAUUAACCUGAACACCUAGUGGACAAGGUCAGAGAUCAUCUUUCACAUGAAACCACAUUACCUAGUUUUUUUGGACAGUUAGUUUGGUGAUCUGAAAUUAUAGUUUUGUUAUUACCUUUAUGGAUUACUUCCUGUUUUCUCUUUAUUUAUGCCAAUGGCGUUUUAGCAGAAAAUAUGAAUUAAGAUAAAAUGAACCAAAUGUGAGCCAUGUUUCUUUGUUAAAUCUUGAAUAAUGCUGACUCAAUUAAAAAUAACAUACAUACCUACUAUAAAAUUUUGGCAAAAAUGUAAGAGAUCCCAUGGAAGUAAGGGUCAUUGACCUCUCACAUACCAGUAUCACAAUUUUCUUGAGGGAUUGCAUUCCAUGGGGAUAGGUACAUGGUACCCAAUUUUUCAUUUAAAAUUUUUAUGUAUCGUAUAGCUUCGAAGAGGGAAGACGAAGAAAAACUUUUAAAAAUUCAUACUUACAGAUCAAAAAAAAAGUGUCGCAGAAAAACAUAUCAACUCGGUUCACGGGAUAGAAAACACCUAACAUUGAGAGCAUGGCAUAACUCCGCAGCAAAAUACGUAUAGUAAACUUAGACACAUCGCGACAAUAAAAACUAUUUUAAACGAAGAAAGUUGCAAUGGUGGAAAAAUAGUUGCCGAUGGUAUCAACAAGAGGACUCGUGUCCGAUCGAUGCAUUAAUCCAACCUUACAAGACUACUGUGCAUAGCAAGCAAUACAGUCUGCGGCAUGCAGCGAUGUAUAUCGAUACAAUGAUCCAGCUCACAUGCUAUAUACGGUCACUCCAUGCGUCGACUCCUGUUAAUUUCCUUUUAUACACAUUUUAAAUGCACAAAAAUGCCCUGAUUACUUUUUUAAAGUCGGUAAAUAGAAAAACUCCCAUUAAUUUGCAAUUUUUCCUGUAUAGACAAUGAGGUGCACCAUGUUUGUCACCUCAACCAGUUCUUUAAAAUGAAAUCCACAUAUACUAGACAAUUCUAAUUAACAAAAUUGAUUGUUAACAAUAGCUACACAUAUUUUACCUCAAUGCAAAAUUGCAAUUUGACACAAAAGACCUUACCUGAGUCUGUGAGGUGUAAAAAACGUAAUGCCGGCCGGAACGUGGUCAAGACAGUUUGGAAGUAGGAACCAACAAAAUGCAUGCUGGGAAAACAGCCUGCUUUACCAACAUAAACAUAACCUUAAAACUUGGUUCUGGGAGCGAAUUAAAUGCAUAUUAUACACUCGCAACUCUAACAGUUCGUUUAAAAUUGAGUAGGAUAUGAAAUUUUAAGUUAAUAGCAACCUAUUAUAUCUCAAUAUUGAAAAAAUUGCAAUUAGAAACAAAGUCUUACCUGAGUUUUUGGCGCGUGAAAAA